AGGGUUUGCGUUUUAUUGGAUGCUGUUUGUAGGUAUAUAUAGUGUUUGAGAUGAUUUAUGCUAUUGCCUAUUGGUAAAAUUCAAUUCGGUUGUUUUUGUUGGAAGUUUCAAAUUGUUAGAGUUUAUUGUUACAUGAGACGUCAAUUGCUAAUUUUUAAUGUGUAUAGGGGAUGUCAUGUAAUGUUAGAUAUAUUUUGGAAAAUACACACACCACUCGUGUUAUAAUAAUAAAUUGGAGAUCUGCUGUUCUGGAAAAGAAGAAAGAAAAUGGUUAAGAAAGUGGAGAUAUUGGGGUGCGUUGCAAUAUGUUGAACUGUAUUCUACUCCUAAAUGUAUAGGGUUAGAUGCUUAAAGAGAAAAGCUGUUGUUUGCCGACUAGUGAGGUAAACUGACAGAGAAGGAAAAUACAAGGGGAAUUAUAAAAAGAAGGAAAGCAAAGUUGACAAUGACGAGUGAUGGGAAGAUCAACCAGCAUAAAUGAGUAAAUCAGAGAAAUGAUUUGAUUGUUGUAAUUAAGAAUUAACCUGCUCCAAGGUUUUAUUAUACUCCCUCAUCUCAGUUUGUCAAAGUCUAUAAUUAUGCAUGUCUGGAAUUAAAAGUGAAACAAUUUUUUAGUGAUUGGCAAUAUGUCCCUCUCAUGAUUUAAUGAGGCAUUGAAAAAUUUUUGUUCGCUCGAGUCUGUGAUGAAAAUUUUGGUUUUAUUGAUUCUAUUGACUUAAGAUCUUGUGUGAAAGUGCUCAAGUCAAAGGUAUUACCAUCGGAUUUUUUGGUACUUUUUUUGUUGCUUUUUCUUUUUCUUUUUUAAGUUAAUAUAUUGUUUUAAGUAUGCAGAUUGAAGAGUAACGCUCACCACUUAAAUCACACUCCACAUUCUUCAGUUUUCCUAAAUUUUCUUGGAUUAGGGGUUUUCCUCAGGUUGCUCAUUUAUUUUUCUAUUCAUUUGAUGCAGAACGGGAAUUAAAUUAUUGUAAAUAUGGCAUUUUGGAGUAGACUGAAGCGAACGCAACUUAUAUUUCUUUCAACCCGAUUCAAGAGAUCGUCUUUUCAGAUUCACGGUCCAAUUGCUGUUGAUAAUCUUACUUCACGUACCGGCAUUCCGAUUAUAAAUAACUCAAAUUCGAUCUUGCAUAAUAUCCAAUUGCAUUUUGCCAACAACGUCAGAUUCUUUGCAGCACCCGUUCAGGCUAAAGAGAAGAAGGAAGAGAAAGAUACCAGUGGGCCUAGAUUGAAUGAGCAAGUCACGGCCCAGUUCAUUAGGCUCGUUACUGAUGAAGGUAUGGCUUAAAAGAUAUUGGAAUUU